UCUAGACGCAAACAGGCCAUAUCUUAAGGCUCCUCAAACUUUGUUUCUGUGAUUUUUGUUGGAGAACAGAAUUAAUAGCUAAAGAUGAAGAGUUUUGAUAUACACUCUGUAUUGGUUUUUGAAAUUAGAUGAUAGUGAUGAGUGGAAUAGAGAAGGUGGUGUGUGUGAGUGGUGGUUCAGGCUACAUAGCUUCAUGGCUUGUCAACCUCUUACUCCAACAUGGUUACACUGUCAAAGCCACUGUUAGAGAUCUCAAUGAUUCAAAGAAAAUGCAACACUUGCUUUCAUUUGAUGGAGCUAAGGAGAGGCUUCACUUGUUCAAAGCAAAUUUAUUAGAAGAAGGGUCCUUUGAUUCUGUUGUUGAUGGAUGUGAAGGUGUUUUCCACACUGCUUCCCCUGUUCUUGUUUCAGUGAAUAAUCCACAGGCCGAAUUGAUCGAUCCUGCGGUGAAGGGAACGCUUAAUGUGCUGAAAUCAUGUGCAAAAGCUGGUUGUGUAAAGAGAGUAGUUUUUACAUCUUCAAGCAGAGCAGUUUUUGCCAAUGGGAGACUUGUCACACCAGAUGUUGUAGCUGAUGAAACUUGGUUUUCGGAUACUAAUUUCUGCGAAAAAUCGAAGGAUUGGUAUGCACUUGCAAAAACUUUAGCUGAAGAGGGUGCUUGGAAGUUUGCAAAAGAGAAUGGGAUUGAUUUGGUGACUAUAAAUCCAGGAGUUGUGAUUGGUCCUGCCUUACAAUCAACUCUUAACAUUACUGUGAAAAAUAUUCUUAAUCAAGUAAAUGGAGUUGAUCAAACUUUUCCCAACAGAAUCUAUAGAUUUGUUGAUGUUAGAGAUGUUGCAUUAGCACAUAUUCAAGCAUUUGAAGUUGUUUCGGCUAGUGGAAGAUAUUGUCUAAUUGGACAUGUUGUCCAUAGCUCUGAGCUUAUGAACAUUUUACAACAACUUUACCCAACUUUGACCAUUCCUAAAAUAUGUGCCGAUGAGAAACCGCAGGUACCAACUCACCAAGUAUCAAAGGACAAAGCCAAAAGUUUGGGGGUUAAAUUCAUUCCUUUAGAAGUGAGUCUAAGGGACACUGUUGAAUUCUUCAAAGAGAGAGGUUUUGUGAAUUAUUAAGUAUUGUACUUUUUACAUGUUUUUUUAUUACUGCUAUAUUAAAUAAAAAGAAUCAAUUUUUUUUUUCUGUAACCAUUUGCAUUCUUAGGACAUGGUGUUAUGCCUUUUGUUAAGGUUGUUAUCUAAUUUCUUAGCCUGUUUUCUAUUGUAAGCCUCAAUUAAAAUGACUGCUUUGUUCUACUCCUCUUACAGUUCAAUGUUAUAUCACUAUGUAAUGAAAAGAUGGCUCAAAUUUACUAUGAUAA